CGUCUGCUAAAUGGCAUAUAUUAUAUAUUAUAUUAUAUAUCUGCAGUCCAGGCAUGAUGCUCUGCAAGUCGAAGCUGUCAAUCUCAGGGCGGAGAGAGACUUUUACAAAGAUAACACAUCUCAAUCCUCUCUCUUUGUUGACACCUUUACGGACAGAGACAAUCAAAUGCAUACCGUGAGAGAAGUGCCAAGCAUGGCUAAACCAAAUGGUAUGAACCAACAAUGUACUGGGAUGGUUGAGGAGCCAUGUCUUAUGGAGGUUGAGGGGUCAUGUUCUGUGAAGGUUGAGGAGCUUUGUCCUGUGAAGUUUGAGGGGGACUAUGAUCAAGUGUUGAUUAAGGAAGAGGAACAACAGGUCCAAAUAGAACUUUGUAGCCCGUUGGCUAGUCAGGACAAAGUGACCCAUGUCUCCCAGGAUAAACCUACCCAGCAUAGCAACAUUAUGAAGGUCACCAGGCGACCAUGUCUGUUAGCUCAGCAUAAACCCAUCCAGAUAGUCAACACAAUGUCACUCACCGGGGUGGUAGCCCCCAGACCCCCAAGUCAGGUAACCAAGGAUAAACCCAUCCAGCUUGCCAAAACCAACGACCAAUAUUUUGUGAAGGGUGAGGUGGACUAUGAUCAAAUGUCGAUUAAGGAAGCAGAGCAACAGGUCCAAAUAGAAAUCUGUAGCCCCUUGGCUAGUCAAGACAAAGUGACCAAUGUCUCUCGCAGGUUGCUAAUUCAUGUCCCCAAGGAUAAAACUAUCCAGCUUGCCAAAGCCGUAGUAGAAAGCCACCUAAUGACGAACCAUCUGCCUGGCAGCCAAACCACUGCUGAGCCUUUGCAGAAGACUCCUCUGUCAGCUCAAAGGACACCUGUUGCAGGCAAACAAAUUCAGAGAAGCAUAACACACACAGAGAGGGAUGAGUUGCUUUGGCUGGGCUACAUGAAGUGGAAUGUGCGUCUUCCUGCAAGCACAAUUAGAACCGCACACAAGUUUCAGACGCCUAGGGCAACAGUGCAAUACCUUCUACACGCGGUCUUCUCCCAAUGUGAACUCGCCACCAGCAAUCUCAAGGGCAUCCCUGCACUGGGCCUUAACAAACUGGACCCGGACAAACUUUCUGCCAUAAGACAGUUUGUCACCACCAAGUUUCGCCGUUUAGACAUGCGUCAAUGUGGUAAAGACUGGGUCAAGUGCCGGCGCCAGAUAACCAGCAUGCUCAGGAACAUUCGGAAGGAGGACAGGAAGACGAGGGGGCUCUCAGGAAACCUUUUUAUGAGAGAGAAGGUGUUAACGGAUCAGAGUUUACCCAGUCAGCCAUCGCCUCCCUCAUUCCCCUCGUUCUCCCAACAGCACACAGCUGCCUUCUACAACCCAACAGAAGAAGAAGAGAUCCUCUGUCUGGAGAGUUAGGUUACACAAUAUCUGUAAUGAUGUUUGCAUUUUCUUGUAAUAAACAGUUUGUUGGGAGUAAAAAAUAUAAUAUGACUGACAAUGUAUAUCGGCUACAUGUGGUAGAGUGGAGCUUUGAAGGAGUGAUGUGUGGAUACUGGGUUAGGUUAGGGUUAGUCACAGGCUGUGUUCAAUAGCAGUUGUAUAGAUGGGGUGAGCUGCCCCCAGAAUAUAAAGUGCUUGAGACUGGUAAACAACCUAAAUGCAAUCCAUCAUUAUAACAUGGCACUCCAAUCAGACCUGUCGGUGGCUAUGAAAUGGCCUCUUUUUCCUCAUCUCCUUCCUGCUGGCUCUCCCCAUUAUGAGCACGUUAGAAGUGAAUUCCUGCUGGCUCUCCCCAUUAUGAGCACAUUA